AUGAAUAAUAAUAAUGAUGCUUGCUCUCCCUCCUUCAACGGCGGAUUUGGCGCCAAUACCGCCGGUCAAAUGCAAUCGAACGGCGGCGUCUUUGCUUCCUUGUACUCCGCUUUGUCCAAUGAGAAUAUUUCCUCGCUCUCAGCAAACUGCAGCAAUGGCGGUGGCAGCGUCUCGCUUUACCCUUACUCUGACUCGGGAACUCAGUAUGACUCAUGCGUCAUACAGAAACACCAGGAUAUGGUGAAUCGUCACAGCAUGUGCCUAAGUCGCCUUGUGGAAACUUGCAAAGAGGUCGAAGCUCUGCGGCAAGAGAAUGGCCAGCUCUGUGCUGUGAACAAGGAGCUGCAGAAGCAGCUGAACAUCGUUAUUCAGGCUUCUCUGGAGAACCAAUUCGGUGGUGGUUCGUCCGGCCAGACGCCGUUUGAUGUCUUGCAUGGGUUCCGUGGCUUGAACAUUGGGGAUGGGCAAGAGAACUGUGCUGAUUGGAAUAACAAUAAUAAUAAUAAUAUGGAGCUGCAACAAGUUUCGAAUGAGAGUCCAACCAGCGUGAUUGAGAAUAACGGUGUUGAAGUGGAGAGGUUCUCGUUGCCAAAGAGCAUAUCUGUGAGGUCCAAUGGCUACUUGAAGAUGGCCCAGUCUGCGGCCGUUGCCAGCAAUAAUAAUGCUUGUCGCACUAAGGGUGCUACUCGCCCACGCGCGCCCUCCACUCCACCUGAUGCCGUUCAAAAGGUAUAUGUCCGUGGAGGGCAGAAGGAGGAAGAGCCACUUGAGAUGUCAGUGUAUAACCAAGGGAUGUUAAAGACUGAACUGUGUAACAAAUGGCAGGAAACUGGCACAUGCCCAUAUGGAGACCAUUGCCAAUUCGCUCACGGUAUUGGGGAGCUUCGCCCAGUCAUCCGCCAUCCACGCUACAAAACUGAGGUCUGCAGGAUGGUCCUUGCUGGGGUUGUAUGCCCAUAUGGCCAUAGAUGCCAUUUCCGCCAUGCACUUACUGAACAAGAGAAAGCUAUACCGCAACCUAAGCACAGAUCCAUGAAGCUGGAAAGAUAA